AUGUUGAUGGACACACCAUUGUAUGAUGAUGAUAGUUCAUUGUUUACAUCUUCAUCUUUAAAUGAUAAUUUACAAUUAUCAGACAAUAACGAGUAUACAUUUCCAUCAUUAGACGAUUUAUCUGAAUUUGAUAAAGGACAUUUUACAAUGAAAUUAUUAAAUGAUACUAAUGAUAUUAAUGGUCAGUUUUAUUCUAUUAAACCUGAACAUCUUCAAUCUAAAAUGUUUGCACAAAUGUUAAUGUAUCGUCAAAAAAAUUUGUUUACCGAUGUAACAUUAAGAAUAAAAGAUCGUACAAUUCAUGCUCAUAAACUUGUUUUAUCAGCUGGUAGUACUUAUUUUGCAUCAAUGUUUGAUAAUUCUUUAAUCGAAUCACGUCUUGAUGAAAUUAAUUUAACAAAAACAAUUUCUUGUCCAUUGACACUUGAUUUGAUCAUUAAUUUUAUAUAUUCAUCAAAAAUAAUUCUUAAUGAUAAAAAUGUUUUAGCAUUAUUAACAUGUUCAUCGUGUUUACAAAUUGAUGCUUUAUUAGAUAUUUGUAUAUCUUAUUUAGGUGAUCAUUUACAUACAUCUAACUGUAUUGGUUUAUUACUCUUUGGUAAACAUUAUCAAUGUAAACAAUUAGAAAUAAUUGCUCAAAAUUAUAUUUAUAAUCAUUUUGAAGAUGUUGUUAGAAAUGAAGAAUUUUUAAAUUUAACAGCCAUUGAUUUACAUAAUGUGAUAAAAAAUGAUGAACUCAAAGUUUCAUGUGAAUCAAUUAUUUAUAGUGUAAGAUUUUAA